CCUACUCAAGUUCUCAUUCAAUUCAUUUUAUUCAUUAUAUACCAUACCACAACCUUUUUCUAAUUCAAAUCCAUUUUGUAUUCCAUUUCCCUUCUCUAAUCCUAAACACCAUGACGUUUCAACCUGACAAAAACAACCCCCAUCCACAUACACUGGUGAUCCCAUUCCCAGCUCAAGGCCACAUGAUACCCCUCCUCGACCUUACCCACAAACUGGCAUCCACCAUCACCAACCUCACCAUCACCAUCCUCACAACCCCAAAAAACCAAUCCCUCUUAACCCCUCUCCUCAACUCUCACCCUUCAACAAUCCACCCUUUAAUCCUCCCUUUCCCGUCUCACCCAUCAAUCCCUCACGGCAUCGAAAACGCAAAAGACUUACCAAACUCCUUCGACACCUUCAUCCUCGCUGUCUCGAAGCUUCAUGACCCGCUUCUCAAUUGGUUCCACUCUCAUCAUUCACCUCCUCAGUAUAUAAUUUCUGAUAUGUUUUGUGGUUGGACACAACACCUAGCUUCUCAACUCAACAUUCGUAGACUUGUUUUCUCUCCUUCUGGUGCUUUUGCUUUCUCCACCAUGUGCUUCAACUGGAAGCAUCUACCAUCACGUGUAAACCCUAAUGACGAAAACGAGGUUGUUUUGUAUCAUAACAUUCCGAAUUCUCCAAAAUACCCUUGGUGGCAAGUUUCUCCUAUAUUUCGUAGCUAUAUUCCUGGUGACACUGAUUCAGAGAAACUCAAAGAUUUGUUUCUUUGUAAUAGUCAAAGCUAUGGAAUCAUUGUUAACACUUUUGCUGAAUUUGAAAAACCUUAUCUUGAUUAUCUGAAAACUGAACUGGGCCAUGAUCGUGUGUGGGCAGUAGGACCGUUACUCCCUGUGGACGAGUCUUCUACAAUGGCUUUACAAAGAGGUGGGUCUAGCUCCGUAUCAGUUAACGACGUCGUUUCAUGGCUUGAUCAAAGAGAAGAUAAGAAAUUGGUGUAUGUGUGUUUUGGAAGCCAAACUAUUCUCAACAAGGAUCAAACGGUGGCUAUUGCAUCUGGGUUGUUAAAAAGUGGAGUCCAUUUUAUAUGGUCAAUAAAAGAAACAAAAAAUGAAAAUGAAGGGUUGGAUUUUGAAGAUGCUUUUCUUGGUAGAGGUCUUGUUAUUAGAGGCUGGGCCCCACAAGUGAUGAUAUUGAGACAUAGAGCUGUUGGUGCAUUUUUGACUCAUUGUGGAUGGAACUCAGUGUUGGAAUCUGUGGUGGCUGGUGUGCCUUUGAUUGCGUGGCCAAUGACUGCAGAUCAAUUUGUGGAUGCUACUUUGCUUGUGGAUGAGUUGAAAGUUGGGAAGAAAGUGUGUGAGGGUGGAAAUAGUGUUCCUGAUUCAGAUGAGUUGGGGAGAGUUUUGGCUGAGGCCAUUGGUGGGAGUGGAGAGGAAAUAAGUAGGUCUUUGAAACUGAAGCAAGCAGCGUUUGAUGCUGUUAGAGAAGGUGGAAGUUCUGAUAAGGAUUUACAAUGCUUGAUGGAACAACUUGUAUUGUAAUUUUAGAAUGUACUUUUGGUUUUGAGUUGAAAGAAUAUAAAAUCAAAGGUGAUAAUAAUUUGUA